AAAAGCCAAACACAAAAUUCCCCAAAGCCUCAUUUUGUCCUUUCAAGUUCUGUCCCUUCCAAUUUUAGCUUCGCCGACGUGUUUACGCUCUAUAUCUCCGUUCGCUGAUCUCGGAAAUGUCAAUUUCAACGGCCGCAACCUACAAAAUCUCUACUUUUCCCGGCAACGAUUUAACGACGAUCAAGGGGGUCAGAACCAGAACGUUCGUUUGUUUCAACGAGGUUAAUAAUCUCGAAUCUCGGUUUAAAUUAGCCUCAACAGCAUCAGUCUAUACGCACCGUUUAACUUUCACGAACCGCGCGUUUGCUGUUCACUGUGUUAGGCCGGAUUCUACUGGGAACACAACUAGUAGUUCAUUGGAAGGGGGGAAAGGUAAUUUUGAUGAUGAGUCUAGGGUUAUAGAGAUUGGAAACUGUGAUCAACAGAAGGUUAACUUUGGAGGCGGCGGAGGUAAUGGAGGAGGUGGCUCAUUUGGUGGCGGAGACGGUGGUGAAGGUGGCAAUGAAGAUGACAGUGGAGAUGAAAGUGAGUUUGGACCACUCAUGAAGUUUGAGGAUGUGAUGAAGGAAGCGAAAGCCAGAGGCGUGGAGCUUCCUUCGGAUAUGCUUGAAGCUGCGAAAAGUAAUGGGUUACGGAAAUUAUUCCUUUUUCGUUACUUGGAUUUGCAGGGAUCGGUUUGGCCACUUGGCUUUUUAAUAAAAUACUGCUCUAUGCUCCGGAACAGAAUGCUAGCAGAUCCUUCAUUUCUUUUCAAAGUUGGAACAGAGAUAGUAAUCGAUUCUUGCUGUGCAACAUUUGCGGAAAUACAGAAAAGGGGAAAGGAUUUUUGGACGGAGUUUGAGUUGUACCUUGCUGACCUUUUGGUCGGUAUAGUGGUUGACAUUGCUUUGGUUGGUAUGUUAGCACCAUAUGCUCGGUUUGGUCAACCAUCUGCAUCCAGAGGAUUAUUUGGUAUCUUACAGCGUGCUACUGCUGCUCUUCCUAGCAGUGUUUUUGAAGCAGAAAGACCAGGUUGUAAAUUUUCAGUGAAACAACGGAUUGCGACAUAUUUUUAUAAGGUACUGCUGAGGUGUAUGUAUGGCUCGGUAGGGUUCGGCUGUGGUCUUGUUGGCCAAGGCAUUGCAAAUCUGAUUAUGACUGCCAAAAGGAACAUAAGGAAAUCAGAUGAGGACAUUCCUGUACCACCUCUUGUGAAAAGUGCUGCUCUUUGGGGUGUUUUCCUUGGGGUAUCUUCCAACACCCGUUAUCAAAUCAUUAAUGGAUUAGAGCGUCUGGUAGAAGCCUCACCGGCCGCAAAGCAGGUUCCACCGCUUGCGAUGGCCUUCACGGUAGGCGUCCGGUUUGCCAAUAAUAUUUAUGGUGGUAUGCAAUUCGUAGAUUGGGCCAAAUGGAGUGGUGUACAAUAGAGCAGAGCAAUAUGCAUAUAACUGGCUGGCUAUUUCUUGAAUAAGAAGUCACCACCAGCCAGCCGGAAUGGUCUUAAAAAUCAACAUGAAACUCAGUUAUAGUAACAAAACCAAAGAAUUUGAUGGCAUAGGCUUGU